CGGCCCUUCCUGCGGCAAUUUCCCUGUGUCACGGCUCCCGUUUCCUAGCAACGGCGCCGAGUCCGGCCGCGGCGGCGGCUCCAGGCAGCGGCUCCGCCGGGAAGGAUGCGGCAUGGCGAGGGAGCAGCGCUCCCGCCGAACUCCCUGAGGCGCCCGGCGGCGGUGGCGGGGCCGAGGGGGCGCCCGGCGCUCGGCUCAGCCCCGCCACCCGCCCGCCCGGGGCCGUGAGGGCCGGCGGCGGCGCGGGGAUGCCCGCUCGGGCCGGAAAGUUUCUUCCCUGCGGUGGCUCGGCCGCUUCCCGCGCGGGAUUCUCCCCGGUCCUCCCCGGAGCUGGAGUGGCCAUAAGGGGCAGUGCUCUGGGUAGCCAGCCAUGAUCGCCACUGGAGGCCUCCUGAGGAUCUCGGCUAGGAAACAGGACCCUCUGCGACCCCAAAGCCAAAUCCCCAAACGCAAACGCAAGGCCAAAAAGAAGCGAAAAAAUGAUGUGGUGGUGGUGAAAGGCAAGCUUAAGCUGUGCUCUGUCUCGGGGCUGAUUGCCCUCUGUGGCAUCCUGGUACUGCUGGUGGGCAUCGCCUUGGCCGUGGUGGGUUACUGGCCGAAGCCCAGCCAAGUCUACAAAGGAGGCAGUUUCAGUGGAGGCUGGCACCAGGCACCCCAGGGUGGCACCCCUAAGAACCGCUCCCGGAGCCCAGAAGGGGCACAUGCAGGGAUCCAUCCACAGUCACCUUCGAGAGCCAACUCCUCCACCACUGCUACCACCUGGGGGUCCCCACAGUCCCUGCCCACUUCCUCAUCCCCCCAGGCUUCAGUGGGUUUCCUUUUCCGUCUUUUCUCAAGCUACUUGCAUUCAGACAAGCUGAAGGUGCUGGGCCCUCUCAUCAUGGGUAUUGGAAUCUUUCUCUUCAUUUGCGCCAAUGCGGUAUUGCAUGAGAACCGUGACAAGAAGACCAAGAUCAUCAACCUGCGUGAUCUCUACUCCACUGUCAUCGAUGCCCACAGCCUGCGGGCCAAGGAUGGGGGGACCCAGGCCUCAGCCCCUCUCAACGGCUUUGUAAACUAUGCGCAGUCUCGGGGCCUGGAGCUAAAGCCUGGAGGUGAAGGCCUGGGUGCUGCAGCCAUGCUGGCUAAGAGCUCCUGGCCACCAGGACUGGGUAUCUCUCUUUCCCCACCAGACCUGGCGUCCUCACCACGGCGGUCCUCCUUCUGCACCCCACCACAGCCACCCAGCCUGGCUGAGGCUGUGUACAGCAUCUAUCGGGAACGCGCCGCCCUUGCUGGCUGCACCAUCACCAGCCCACCCUGCAGCCCACCAGAGACCUGGGACCAGCGCAGCACAGCCAGCUCCAUUGUUGGCUCUUCGCUGAGCACUUUCACACUUCUGCCAUUGGUGCCGAGCAGUGGAGGCUGGCGGAAGCCCCCUGGUGAGCGGGGAGCCCAGGAGAUCCCACGGGGUGAGUUUGAACUCAGCCUGACUGACCUCAGCAGUGGCCGCGUCGAGGGAAGUGAUGGGAUGAGGAGGCACAAGAUGGUUCUCAGGCGGCAGAGCACCAGCUGUUUGCCUGAUUCCAGGCAUCCUCUUUUCCCUGAGCCGUCUCAGUCCCCAUCUGUUAGCGGGGACCCAGACUCCAGCCUCUUGGUAAAGGCAUCUUCUAGCUAUUCCAAAUCUCUGGAUCUAGGGGAGUCACCACCCUCAACACCCCCUGCAGUUAGCAGGACGGACUCGCAGAGCUCCCAGUCUGAGCCUUCCAGCAGCAAUAAGGGCUACAGCCACCUGGAGGAGGCAGGCACCUCCUUGGAGUCAGUUGCCAACACCCCAGCCAGUAAAAAACAGGACUGUGAGGAGCAACCAGCUGAGAAAACAGACCACCUCAAGGCUACCAGCAGAGAACAAACAGGAGAGCAAUCCCAGCAAACUCAAAGACAGUACACAAAUAAAGAGAAACUCUUUAUGAUUUCUAGGUCGCACGCUGCAUUAGGGCUGGAGGACAGGGAACUGGAGAGUACUGACAUCUAAACAAAACCGAGAAGGCACGAGGACACCUUGCAACUCCCCACACCUUCCCCCCCCUUCUCCAUCUCCUUGUGGACUUACGAAACCGAUCAAUAUCCAAAUUGCUGCAGUAUGUUACCCUUGAAAAUUGAAUUCAGAAAAUCCUGUAGAUGACUUCAGGAAGAAAAAGAAAAUCCUUUCUGUCCCAUUGUGAUUGUAUGUUCCAUGCAACCCAAAUUGUAUUAAAUAUCCACAGUCCAGUCAGUUCUUUGGAUCAGAUUAAUACAAUUUUGGACAGUAUAACUGUGCACUUUACUGUUUUGAUUUCCAAGUGUCCCUUCUUCUCCUUUGAUUUCUUUCUUGCUGAUUUACCACUAACUGCUUGAAAACUGUAGGCACCUUUCUAAGCUCAAGAGCAUUGUGGUCUUCAGGUCAAGAAAGCCGAGCUCUCUCUUUGUUUUGGUUCAAUCACUAAAAUGUUUGCAAGGCCUUAAGGGUGACGUACCUGACAAAGAAUGAGUUUGUUUAAAUUCUGGGGAAAAAAAAGACAAUUUAGAAGAGACUGGAGCAGAACAGAGUUCUGAUGAUUUAGUUAAAACCGUUACAUUCCUGAAUCCAAAAUACCUACUACUACGUGAUACUUUAUUAAGUAUUAUUACACAUGUAUUGACUAAUAGCAUUAAAGGAUUUUUUUUUUAAAUAAAAUAUUUACAAACAAAACUACCACACAAAAACGUCCUUUAUUUUGGUAAGUAAUUACAGAUAUCAGAUAUUUUGGUUUUGUACUGUGAAAGAUUGUGGAGAUGCUAUAAAGUCAAAGGUUUGCUUAUGCUUUUAAAUAGGUAAUUAGUCAUUUAGGAGUAACUUCAAAAUAAAUACUGGUUCAGUCUCUGAGAAACCACACUUUAAUCAGCAGAUUCUGGCUCCAUUUCCAACGGUGCUCUGUGACAGCUGAAGAAAUGUGAGAUUUUGACACACUAAGGAAAAUAAUUUUUUAAAGGUUUGGCCUUCUAUUAAAAUUAGAUUUUUUUGAGAGUAACACAUUAAUCUUGAGCUGCAGCAUAUUCUUUCUGAAAUUUUCACUUCCCUUCUAACUGUUGCAUUAAGCCUUUCUGCUGUUACAGUUCCUAUUUGUGAAUGCAUGUACAUAAGUGUAAUUUUAAAGCAUAAUGAUAGCCCUGUCAAUCUCAUAGCAGUUGACCUUAUUGAAAUCAAUGGAGGUUUGCCACUGACUUUGGCAUGGUGAGGAUUUCUUCCUUUUUGAGAAAAGCAUUGGGUUUUCCUAAAGGCUGGAGAAUGCCUUGUCUGUAGGCAGAUUUUUGGUAAAUUGAUUAGCGGUUUCAUUUUUGUAGCUGCAGUAUGGCAGGCAUUCUUUUAUUUUGCCAAAACAGCUUUAUAUGCUCAGAAGACUUUGUCGAUACUUCAGAUUUUAAAUAUGGAUGUGGCAUUUCACUACUAUGGGGAAAGAAAUCAACGUUAAACAAUUACAAUGUGUAGGUAGGCAAGAAUCUUUCUCUUGCAAAUUUUUUUCUUACAUUUUGAUGUUCUAAAAUGCUUAAUUACAUAUUUAACUACUUACAUUACAAUACACUGCAAAAUGGAAUAUAUCACUAAAUACAAUUGCAUUUAGUAAUCCAGUAGAAUCCUUCAUUAAAUAAGGCUAAUUUAAAAGAAAAGGAAAAGAAAAAAGAAAAAUUUGCUAUGCCAGAGUCCUGAAACUGGGGAAGCAGAAAGUGCUUGGUCUUUCAAGCAAAGGAGAUAUCUUACCUCCUGUCAGUGGCAACCGGUAAAUUGACAGCAUGAACAUCAAUGUUCCACUUUUUGUUAUCAAACUGCUAUCACACAGCUGGCAAAAGUAUGUUGUAAAACUGCCUGGACAGGCAUGGACUGGAUUAGGCACUGCAGGAAACAGUGAGCAGACAGCUUGGCUGGCUCUGGCAUUUGCACAGGUCUUUCGUUUUAGUUCCCCAUGGGUGACGGCCCUGUGCUUCUGCUCCUUCUCCUGUGACUUCCAGAAAGAUUUAUGAGAUGCAUCUGAGCAGCGUCACCUGGUACUGACAGAGAUGCUCAUUACUGAUGCAGCUGAAGACACCCUGUCUGUUAUUUUCCAUGUAAAAACCCUUCGUAGAGGUGCAGGGGAAAAGGAGAGUCAUGGGUGCUAUGUAGAGGGUCAAGGGUCCUUGUGAAUUUGCGGCAGGGGUUUGUUUUAUUCUGAACGAGAGAAAAAUGCUUUUUAAAUGUUCUUAGUAAAUAUUUCUUUAGUCAUCGGAAUCUACAAUGUACUCUGAGGAAAAAAAAAACAACUAAAAAAGCCUCUGGAUACUCCUUAGAUUGAUUUAAAAUAAAACAGUCCAGUAAUUCUUCUGAUGAUUAAUUUAUUGCAAGGUUGUCUGAAUAACAAAAUGACAACAGAGUUUGGGUUUAGUAAUUCCUGUGUUGCCAAAAAAGGUGUGAAAUGUGAACUUUUGUCAGUCAAACAGGAUUUCUUAUAAGAGCAGCUAGAAGUGAUUUGUGACAUAGAUUAACAGGCAGAGAAAAAUGCCUCUCUCUGUUUGCAAGUUAUCAAAAAGUCUCAUAUUACUGUUGCAAACUUAUUAAUUAAAGCUAUUUGUUGAGGAACUUAUGCAGUGGUAGAGUUGGAGUCGGAAACUUUUUUUAAAAUUCAAGAUGGACUAGUUAGUAAAACAUGCCAGUGUUGGAAAACAGCUGAGAAAUUUAACCUUUGUGCACCAGCUGUGACUGCUGAUAGUGCUAUUAGCCUUGGAGGGAAACAUAGUGGCUUGUAAGGAUCUGAACUUCUGGUGAUACCAGAGGGAGUGCAGAGUUUGGGUGUUGACCUCUCCUUGAGUCCCUCCAACCUGGCCCUGACUGCUUCUCAGCACUGCCAGGCUGCCUUCUGGCCACUGUUUGCUCAUCCUGUCACUCGCUUAUGCAUUUUUCUCUAGUCUAGUCUCUUCCUUUUAAACUUUAUCUCCAGUGUCCUGCCAGCAAGUGCUUCCUUCACAAUUCUUGUCAGAGCUGAGAAGCUGUCUCUGCUUACCAGUAUCUCCCUGCUUGCAUGUGCUCCCACUUUAAAUGUUUAUUAAGAAGGAAUUGUUGAUCUGCCUAUUUAAAAGGUGAUAUGCCUGCGUAUACCUUAAAAUGGAAUACCUAGACAUAAAUUUUUGCUAUGGGAAAAUCAGAUUGUGUUCCAGAAAUGUGUGGGUGUUUUGUUUUGC